GGCAGGACACACACACCGCCCAAGCCCGGACGGUGGCCGGAGCUAAGGCCACCAUGGGGGACUGCAGGCGGCGGCUCCAGCCGGGGACGUUGGCCCCGGUGCGCGAGGACGUGAACUGUAGGUCCAGAUGUUUCACAAAGCACAAGAAUGCGCUGAAGUUCCCCACUUCCCUGAACAGCCGGCAGCUGGUAUUUCUAAGAAAGAGGCUGGAUGACUUCAGGAAGGGCAGCCCGUCUUGCACUGGUCUGGUGACUCAGGUCCCUGUGGAGGGCUUUCUGCCCCAGAUUUAUCACAGAGCUCCCCAAUUGGCCCCAAAGAAGAGACAGAUCAAGCUGCCCAAGGAAGCAGACCUGCUUUCCAAGCUCUCGCCAGCCCAGCAGGCUCAGAAGGCAUUCCUGGAGGACGUGGAGGCCCACCUGACCCCACAUCCCUUGGCGCUCUACCCGAAUCUGGAAGAAGCUAUGCCUGUCGAGCUCUUAUUAAAGGUGCUGGAAGUGCUCGAUCCUGACCGGAAGCUGGAGGACACAUGGGCUUAUUGUCAGGACACCAGGAAAGGAAUGAAAGAACCCACAAAGCUUUUUAAAAAACGUUCUACCCAAGUCUACCUGGGACCUUCCAAGCAGACUUCUGUGUCAAAUGCAAGCCAAUGGCUUUAUGAAGAAAAGCCACAUAAAAUGGAUUUGCUCCAUGAAAACGGUCCUCGUCCUGGUCUUCAGGAAAAUGUUCACAGAGCAGUUAAUGACUUCUGCAACUGGGUUACUACUUUUGGAAUUUCAGACAUUGAUGAAGAGUUCAUCUUGAAACAGUUUGACAUUGACUAUGAGACCAAACCAAGCCAUGAUGCGCUCCACACAAUGAAGCCAAAUCAGGUUGCUCUGGAGCUAAAGCGUAGUGUGGGGCUCAGUAAACUGCAGGAGCCAACGUUCUUCCAGAAAACAGGCUAUGAGAGGAAACUCCAGAAACCACAGAAUCCUUGUAAGCCAAAGUGGGUGAAGAUGAGGUAUGGAGCGUGGUAUUUGAACCCCAAGUUGUGGAAAAAGCAAAGAGCAGACGAGCCUCUGGUUGACCCUGAGGUCUCACAUAAAGCUCUAGAGGAGAAUUUUAAAAAGGAGCUGCAGGAACAGGAGGAGUUACUUGCAGACCUUCACGGAACAGUUGCCUUUAAGGAUUUCAUUCUAAGCAGGGGCUACAGGAUGCCACGUUUCCUUGAGAAUAUGUAUAUUGGGAAGGAAUGUAAACGUGCAUGUAAUAAGACUCCUAUAAAAUGAACUGAAGCAUAGAAGAAUCGUAGGAGAAUGAUUAGGCAGAUUUUAUUACUACAUACUUGGCUUUUUCUCUAUCUCCUUUUAAAGAUUAAACAGAAUUUAUGAUGAGUGUCCCACUGUGGAUGUUCAACUUUGACUUGGCAACAUCUGUAAACAUAGUACCUGAUGGUUAUAAACAUUUCUCAGUGGAUUUCUGCUUCAGUUAAUCAACAUUUUGUAUACUUUAUCACCUAUGAGAUCAAUAUUCACAUGUAAUCUUCUCACAUUUUUGUAGCACUGUGAAUAUUAUAUAGGUAUAUCAACUAUUUGUAAAAAUAAAUAAAGCCAUAAA